CGUUUCUUCUCUGUUUCAAACGACCAGUUGUUUGUUUCUUUCAACUUCCCUUUCCUUUCUCUCUUUGUAUCUCUUAAUUUUGUAUCUGUGAAUCUGCUCAUUUCGCUUCCAAUUUCACAACAGAACUGCAAAUCUCUCCUGUUUGCAUUAUCUCACAGUUUCCUAGUCUUCUUCCAUUGAGAUCGACGGGAAACACUGCAAAAGCAAAAGAAGAACAGGAAUGGCAGUGACUUUUCCUGCCGGAAUUGUCAUCGCUGCCGUACUUUUUCCUGUCACACUCGUUCUUUCUUCUUUUCCGGCUACUCUUACUCUCGAGAGGGGAAUUCCUCCGAGUCAUAGGCUUGAGUUGAACCAGCUUAGAGAACGAGAUAGCUUUAGGCAUCGUAGAAUAUUGCAGUCUGCUGGUGGUAUCGUGGAUUUCCCAGUUCAAGGAACCUUCAAUCCUUUCCUUGUUGGGCUUUAUUACACAAAAGUGCAAUUGGGUUCUCCUCCAAAAGACUUCUACGUACAAAUAGAUACUGGAAGUGAUGUUCUGUGGGUCAGUUGCAGCUCCUGCAAUGGUUGCCCAGUUACUAGUGGACUCCAAAUUCCACUCAAUUUUUUUGAUCCUGGAAGCUCAUCAACAGCUGCAUUGAUCUCUUGUUCAGACCAACGAUGCACUGUUGGAAUUCAAUCAUCAGAUUCUCUCUGUUCUUCUCAAAGCAAUCAGUGUGGUUACACGUUCCAGUAUGGGGAUGGCAGUGGUACAUCAGGCUAUUAUGUAGCCGAUUUAUUGCAUUUUGAUACCGUUCUUGGUGGAUCUGUGACUAAUAAUUCUUCAGCUGCUGUUGUCUUUGGGUGCAGCACAUUACAGACUGGUGACUUGACAAAAUCUGAUAGAGCAAUUGAUGGGAUCUUUGGUUUUGGGCAACAAGAUAUGUCUGUAAUCUCCCAGCUGGCUUCACAGGGGAUAACACCAAAGGUGUUCUCUCAUUGCUUGAAAGGAGAUGAUGCUGGUGGUGGUGUAUUGGUUCUUGGAGAAAUUGUGGAGCCAAAUAUUGUUUAUACUCCACUUGUCCCAUCUCAGCCCCAUUAUAAUUUAAAUCUACAGAGCAUAUCUAUCAGUGGCCAAACUUUAGCAAUUGAUCCAUCAGUUUUUGCAACAUCAAGCAAUCGGGGGACUAUAGUUGAUUCCGGAACAACCUUGGCAUACCUUGCUGAAGCAGCUUAUGAUCCUUUUGUCAAUGCUAUUACAUCUAUUGUAUCACAAAAUGCACGUACCUAUCUUUCCAGGGGAAAUGAAUGUUACUUGGUCACCAGCAGUAUUAAUGAUGUGUUUCCUCAAGUAAGUUUCAACUUUGCUGGAGGUGCAUCCCUGAUUUUAAAUCCUCUGGACUACCUUUUACAGCAAAAUUCUGUUGGUGGAGCUGCAGUGUGGUGCAUUGGCUUUCAAAAAACUCCUGGUCAAGAGAUUAGUAUCUUAGGAGAUCUUGUUCUAAAAGACAAAAUCUUUGUUUAUGAUAUUGCUAAUCAACGACUUGGAUGGACUAAUUAUGACUGUUCAAUGUCUGUGAAUGUCUCGACAAAUAUGAACACAGGCAAAAGUGAGUUUGUCAGUGCCGGGGAGAUCAACGACAGUCGUUCGACAAGGAAUGAACUUCGCAAGCUUAUACAAAUAGCCAUGACAGUUCUCCUCAAUAUCUUCACACUCGGAAGUUACCUGUUUUUAUAGCAUACUCCUGAGCUAAAAUUCUUUCUUUGCAACAAGCUUGCCGGUUUAUAUACAUUGGGAUGAACUGCGUAAUUAGGAGUAAAUUACGUAAUUAUAGGAAUUUGCACAAUUAACAGAUUUGAUAUACAGAUUCUAUCGAUCAACAAUAUAUAUAACAACCGGUAAAGCCAAGAAGAGGAGAGUUGUGGUUCGGGUUGUGCAAAUAGAUUAUGGUUCUUCAUUGUGGCUGCAUUUUUUGUUGGUAAUAUUUUUCGUCAGCCGUGUAAAUCGAGACUUUCUUCCAUUGAGAUUAGAGUCUAUUGUCACCUUUGUAAAUUAUAUUUCAUACAGGAUCAAUGAUGUAAUGUUAGAAUUAAUUUAUAGAAAUAUCUUAGUUUUGUUACUUCA